AUGGCUAACACCAAGAGAGGUCAGUUUGACCUCGACCCCUACUUUCCAAGUAUGGGAGAGUUUCGUGACAAGAUCAGAGAAUGUCAAGACCCGUCAAUGGCUCGAUCUCGGGUCCAGAGUGUCCUUGACAACUACAGCCAGAUGCGACUCGACAUGCCCAAGGCGAUUCAGCUUAAGGUCACCAGGUUUCUCAGGCAUGAGAAAUGGGUAGACAGCCCACGCAACCUUAGCAAAUCAAGGCUCUAUUGUAUGCUGUCAGGCCAAGGACGCUCAACAUCUCUGAACUUCUCAGCCUGGUUGGUUGUGGCGGCUACUUGGCCAUCCCACCUGCUCGUCCUUGGCAUCGCAGACGAAAUGUCACGGCUUUGGGGGCAAGAUUUCCCUGGUACACGACCUUUCUUCCCCAAAAACGUCUCAGAGGAGGAGGCAUUCCUCAAAUAUGAUGGAAAGUUUAUGCCGGGGGACGAUUACCCUCUCUCGGAUGCUGGCGAUGGAAAUCCCAAAGACAACAACAAAGAGGAUAACAAGCGCAAGUCUAAUUCAGGCGAUAUUUUCGACAGGGCCACGAAAAAGCACAAGGCUGAUCGACCUAUCGCUUUGUCCAACAGUGACAUCCCAGAGCCUUCCAAUGUGCACGAGGGUCCGGAACACGGCAGAGUUUCUUAUCUCAAAAGGAAAAUCAAGGCACGGGACGAACUUAUCAGCGAAAAAGACGAAGUCAUCAAACAACAAGACGCGCAAAUCAAGAAGCUGGAGCGUCGAUGUCAUCGGAGGUUCAAAGAUGGAGGCAAAGACUUCAGAAGACUCUUCAAUCGUGUCGAAGGUCUCAAGACAAGCCUCAAGGAUGCGGCCGAAAAGGAGCACGAUCUGCAGUCGUAUGUUCGGCAACUGGAAGAUCAGAUCAAGCGUCGAGAUGAAGAAAUCGAGAAGCUCUCUGACUGCAACAGAAAGCUCGAGGCAAAACACAAGGACGUGGAUCACACUUGGGAGACAUGUGCUAAGGGGGUGUUUUAA